UCGUCAGUGCGGCUGUCAGAGCAUCGAGACUUCUUCAGUCUGUGGUUGUGGACGGGAAGUGCGGAGUGUGUGCGUGCAUUUCAGCUGAGAAAAAUAAUGACGCGUUCAAAACGCGAAUCGAAAAGUCUGACAUUUGUAGUCGUUGCGGGAGGUGUGUGCGUCUGCGGUGUGUGAAUAUUGUGCGCUUUGUCUGGAGAGGCAGAAGACGGAGAAUUGCGGUUCAUCUCCAGCCCAUCAACUGCUACUGCAAAACAAAACCGCCUCUUAUAAUAAAGAUGCACAGGAUGAGCCAUAAGCGCAGUAAAUGAUCACUUUGCAGGGAAUCUAGCAGUGACAUCAUGAAUUUGGUCCGUCUUGUGUGUCGUCACAAGACAGCCCUGGCACUCGGUGUCUUCUUCCUAUUCGGCGCUGUCCUUUUGUUCCUCGCCAAAUGUACGUCUGAAACGCUGAAGCCGGCCGAGACCCCAGGUGUGGCGCCGCGGGCCGAGUCACAUCAGAAGCAGCCGGCAGGACCUCCUCACGCCAAAGAGCUCUCCACGUUCCUGGUCGUUCUCAUCACCACGGGGCCAAAGUACACGGAGCGUCGCAGUAUCAUCCGGAGCACCUGGCUGACCAAACGCGAUCCCGAAGUGCUCUACUGGUUUGUCAUCGGCACCGAGGGUUUACCUCCAGAAGACCUCCAGAACCUCGGAACCGAGCAGAUCCGUCACCAUGACCUCCUCCUGCUCCCUGACCUCCGGGAUUCAUACGAGAACCUCACGCAGAAACUGCUUCACAUGUACUCCUGGUUGGACCAAAACGUGGACUUUAAAUUCGUUCUGAAGGCCGACGACGACACCUUCACCCGCUUGGAUCUCCUCAAAGAGGAGUUGAAGAGCAAGGAGCCCAGCCGACUCUACUGGGGCUUCUUCUCCGGCCGCGGGAGAGUGAAAACGGCCGGGAAAUGGAAAGAAAGUGCCUGGGAACUGUGCGACUACUACUUACCUUAUGCUCUGGGUGGAGGCUACGUGCUUUCCACCGACCUCGUGCACUACAUACGUCUCAACGUGGGGUUUCUAAAGACCUGGCAGAGUGAGGACGUGUCCUUGGGAGCCUGGUUGGCCCCCGUUGACGUGAAGCGUGUUCACGAUCCGCGCUUCGACACAGAGUACAAAUCGCGCGGCUGCAGCAAUAAGUACCUGGUCACUCACAAGCAAAGUUUAGAGGACAUGCUGGAGAAGCAUCAGACACUACAGCGAGAUGGGCGUCUGUGCAAAGAGGAAGUCAAACUGAGGCUGUCCUACAUUUACGACUGGAGCGUCCCGCCUUCUCAGUGUUGCCAGCGGAAGGAUGGCAUCCCCUGACUCUUUGACACCCGUGAUCAUGUGCAUUUUUUCCACUUGCUAUUUAUUUAUUUAUUAUCAGUGUCGUGUGUCGAGCCGAAACAGCAUUUCUUAACCUUUUGAAAAGGCUUUUUAAAUUAGAAAUGUGGGAGAUGAUGUUACCGAAAAGCUGCUCUUUUUGAGAUCGAGAUGUUUUUCCCUUAUCAGGCUGAUUCAAAGUAGAGUCAGCUUGUACGGAGAGCCUGGAGGAUUCUGGCUGAAGUGAGAUAUUUCUGCUGUAUUCUCUGCAUACACCUUCUGUACUUGAUGUCCACCCAUAGAAUUCUCCAUCUUAUCGUUCAUUUAUAAUCCUGAGAUGUUUAGAGCGUAUCUGUUGAAAUAAAUUUACAUGGAUAAGAAAAGAAAUGUGCCAGACUAGCAGUUUAUUAACAUGAAAAAAACUUGAAGAUAAAUGUUCAUAAGUAUUUUGGCAAAUGUUGUCCAUUGUGAUAGAGAACCUGAGAUGGUUUUCUUUGCGAGUUUUGCUCACAAAUUUGCCAUAUAAUGAUAAAGCUGUCUUGAAGAUUAGAGAACUUGGCUGCCAGGUUUGGCAGUAUUUCUAGUAUUUUAUGUGUUGUGACUAAGUUGUAAAUAAUGUACCUCAAAUUUUAUUAAAUGUUUUUGUUCUGUUUU